CAACUGGAAAACCGAGGACGUAGCGUCGCAAUUCACAUUCUGGGCCCAAUGGAGUCGCUGCAAUCAGCUGUGCCACACAUCUUGUGAUAAACAAGUAAUGAACUGGAAAAAUACCAAAUUAAACAAUGGAGGGUAUGCUGCAUAAGUGGACCAAUUAUAUCAGCGGUUGGCAGCCUCGCUGGUUUGUUCUUGACGAAGGAACUUUAUCAUAUUAUGACUCCCAAGAAGAUGCUUGGAAAGGUUGCAAGGGCAGCAUUAAGAUUUCAGUUUGUGAAAUCCAAGUCCAUUCCUCUGACUCCACACGGGUUGACCUGAUCAUACCAGGAGAGCAGUACUUUUACCUCAGAGCCAUUAAUGCAGCGGAGAGGCAGAAAUGGCUGGUUGCACUGGGCACAGCCAAGGCCUGUUUGACCGACAACAGAACCAAGAGAGAAAAAGAGCUCCAGGAGAACACAGAGGCGUUAAAAACAAAGAUGUCGGAGCUCAGAUUGUACUGUGACCUUCUUCUCCAGCAAGUAAACAAAAUCAAGGAAAAUGAUGAGUUGGGAGAAACAGCGGAGGUACAGUCUGGUAUAGACACUGGAAAUAUGGUGAAGUCAACAUGCACCACAUUCCUUAAAACUCUGGAGGAGUGCAUGCAGAUAGCAAACCGCACCUUUAACACCGAUUUGGGGACGCACAGCCCGCCAGGGACGCCUCCUGUAGCAGCGAUCAAACCCCUGAAGCUUAAACAUGCCAAUCAUUCAAAUCGAAACCUUGGAGAAAACCUUUCUAGGAGGAAAGACUUGACUGAAACCUCAGCACAUGACACCCUGAGCCUGGAUUCUGGAGCAGAAGGACCAGAUGAUCCAGACGGUACAGGACACCAUCCUCCCCCAUCAGACAUUGAGCCAUCCAUCAUCCAUGGCGAGCAAGUCAGCCCUGCUGCACAGAUUACCCAGAGGGCAUCUGAGAAGAAACACUACGACCUAAAAGAAGAAGAAGACGAUCAGAAGGAAAAUGAUCGAGCGCUGCAGAGAGGGGACCAAAGUGAAGAGCAGGAUCAUGAGAAAAAAGAGAACGCUCGUUUGCUUGAGCAUCAACGGGACCCUGCUUUGGAUCAAGAAGAGAGUCCGGAUCAGUUCAAGACUCCGAGCGAUUCGUCGGAGUCAGACACAGAACAGGUGGACACGUUCUUCAACACAAUGAGUCACAGAUUUAGUGAUAUGAGACUGGAUGACGACAAUGGUAUUCCUUCACAAGAGUUUUUGGACUCAUGCUAUGCAAUAGUGCCUGUAUUAGACAAACUGGGUUCCACCGUUUUUGCUCCAGUUAAAAUGGAUUUUGUUGGAAAUAUCAAGAAAAUUCAACAGAAGCUGAUGUCCGACCCCGACAGCUUCCCCACCCUUCAGUCUAUUGUGCUGCACGAGGUGCAGACAAAUGUCGCCCAGGUACGCAACUCUGCCACAGAGGCUCUACUGUGGCUCAGACGAGGCCUCAAGUUCCUCAAGGAGUUUCUGUCGGGGGUCAAUGCAGGAGAGAAGGACAUCCAGGCGGCACUGAAUAAUGCAUAUGGGAAAACUCUCAGGCAGUACCAUGGCUGGGUGGUGCGAGGUGUUUUUGCUUUGGCUCUGCGAGCAGCUCCGACCUAUCAGAGCUUCACUGCUGCCUUGGUUUCAAGAGAGGGUGAUGAGCUGAGGAGCGACUUCACCAAAAGCAUGCACAGGGACCUCGGGGUGUACCUCCCUGCCAUGGAGAAGCAGCUGGCCAUCCUGGAUGAGCUGUAUGAGGAAUACAACCUGGAGUCUGACGAGGUGGUGUGAAACACGAGGCAGAGAUUAUCACACCUUGAGGAGCAGCACAAAGCACAGCGUCAUACGGAUCUCAGUGCUUGGAUCAUCCGUCAUGGCUUUCAGCAGCUUAUAAAGCCUGCCACAGUAUAGUGUGAAGAGAUUAUUAAAUACCCACAAAAUGCUUGUUCAAGCAAAGCGGAACAAGAGGAGAAAUUAAUAUUCCCGGUGCGCUAAAAAGCAAAAAAAAACAGUGAUGGUUAAAGAAAGAGUUUCAGCCUCUGUUAUGCAGACUUCAGUUGUAGUUUUAAUGCCACUCAUUAAAGAUCCUUAUUUUUUUUAUUGUAUUAUGGCAUUAUAUGAUUAAUCUAAUUUGAAGGUAUAUAACUCUUAUUUAUUUACAAAAUAUCCUUUAAAUACGCUUUAAAGUCAUAAAAUACAUUUUUAUGUCUUCAUUUAACAGGGAGAUGCCAUGUUCUAGCAGAAAGCACUUGUGGCAAAACAAACAAAGUCCUAGUGUUACAGCAUCCAUUCUAUCUGCAGUAUUUAAUAGUGGUUUACAAGACUGACCUAAUAACAUGCUAACUUUUCCUGUUUUUGUUUUUUGCACUGGCUGUGAAAAUGUUUGUAAUUUAUAACAAAUGUAAAUAAUUCCCCUAAGAAUAACCUGUAAUUUUAUGGUUGAUUACUUUUAUUUUGCGUGUUAGAGUUCAAUGGGACCAAAAAGGAGAUGGAUUAUCCUCUGCUGCCUAUUCAGUAACAAAACACAAGAAUUGAAUGUUAGAAGUUAAACUAUUUAGGGUGUCAUGAAUCACAUUUCUGCUCAUGCUCCUAGUGAAUGUAUAAGAAUGGAUCCAUGAUGCAUGUUUAAUUUAUAAACGGAACAGUGCCAUUAGGGAACAAAGAUGAGCCAGACGCUUGAAUUCCGCCAAAUAAAUUAAGAAUAUUAUAAUAGUUCGUUUUUUUUGUUUUGUAUUUUUUCUAUAUUUUUUGUCUACUGGAAUCUUAAAAAAAAUGUAAUGUUUGCAUUAUUUCCUUCUCUUCCUCACCACUUUCAUGCAUUGCUGGAUGUGCGUAUGACCAUAUGGUGUUGGUUCCCGCGCACAACAGGAACCCGAAGAAAGUUUUAGUAAGACUUUGGUCCAUUGCUUUCUUCCAGUGAAUCCCAUCAACCAUCUUGUAAAAUUCAUAGAAAUUGUUUGUAGAAGUCAUGCAAAAGACAUAUUUAUUGUGUUGAUGAUGUGCUGUUUAUAGAUGAACCCAAACAUUUUUUUUCUAUGAAUGUUUAUAAGAUGCAAUUUGAUUUUUACCUAAUAAAUAUGAUAAAGGAGUUUUA